UGAAGGUCAGACCUGUGGCUGUGAUGUCACAGAGCACAUGGAGUCAGAGGUCUAAUGGAAAAGCAGAGGCAAAAACGGCACUGGGCAGGGCCCCACAGGGCAGCAUUCCUGGCUGCCAUCCUGCUGAUGUUGCUGCUGCAGGUGAAGGGCACCAAGACUCAGAAGGGCAGUACAGAGAAGAGGGGCCUGGAAGAGAAAACGCCCCCUGAAGAGCAGGGCCAAGAGCAGUAUGAAGAGCACUUCAUGGCCUCCUCGGUGGGUGAGAAGUGGCAGGUGGUGGACAUGGUCCAGCAAGAGGAGGACUUCAUCUCCGAGGCAGCAGCUGUCCAAGACCGCCGUUUUUAUUUCGCUCUCUGCUUUAACCUGGCCAGCAUCAUGGCUUUUUUAUGA